GGAUUUCACAUCAUGUGGCUUUUAUUCUUUUUCUGUGUUGAGGUUUCAAGAAAAGCAGUAAUGACUGAUCAUUCAGAUAUUUUACACAAGUAAGGAAAGAGUCACAUUAAAAGUUCACACAGCAGCAGUUGCUGAUUCACACUUUAAUUUUUUCUUAAUGUUUUUAAAUGGGGCUGCAUUGCUGACUGUCAUCUACAGACGCAGAUUUAAUGUGUUUGUAUAUUUGUAGAUAUUCACCUGACAGAGAGAAUCUCUCUCUUCUAUAAAACUAAACUUACCUCUUUCUUAAAGUUGGAGUUGUUUUCAACAAUAUUAUUAAAAUGACUUAUUAAUAAAUAGGCGGUGGGUGAAAUCAACACACAGAAUCCUGAAGCAAAGAACGUUAUUGUUAUGACCAUCUUAUGCUCGUCUCCAAGAAAGGACCUGAAGUGGUGCCAGAAACUUCUGAUCUGUUUCUGCAAGACACAAAACAGAGCCAACAUGAGAGCAGAAACUUUGCUUCCACAUUUCAAAUUCAAAGCUGGAAUUUUUCAGGAGCUGAGGUGCAGGUUUCAUUCUGUCUGAAUAAUUAGUCAUGUUAUUUAUCAUAAUUCACUUUGUUUUCUAGAAGAUAAAUGACAGUUGUUAAAGAGGAAAACAUAAGAAAAAUGCCACAUGAGAUGUCAACUGAUAAGGUGUAGCUCAAGGUUGUUACAGCUAAAUCUUUUUUAUAUAUUAAUACUUUUAUAACUGAACUUCAAGAAAAACAACCAAAGAAAAUAAUAAAUUAAAACUAUUAUAUCGAUGGAAUAAAAAGGUUUCAGUGAAUAUGAGUGCGGAUGAUUGUCUGUAUAUGUUAGCUCUGCCCUGGCCUGACAACUGGGAUAGGCUCCAAAAUAAUGCUCCUCUGCACUUUGAAUGGCAAUUUCAGCUGAAGAUAAACUAAACAUUGUAUCGAUGACAAAAGAGUAUUUAUUUUAGUUAGUCAAAAACAGCUUUUGUGUUUUAAAAUUAAAAAUGUCACAGAGAAUAACUGGGCUAUAUUACUAUCACUGCCAUUUGUACAAUCUCAGAAAAUGAACAUUAAAUCACAAUAUACAGUUAUUCCACCUCAGAAAGUGUCAUUUUCUUUGGAUUUAUUCUACUGAUAUAUUUAGCCACAAAAAGGGGAAAUUGUAUCACAAACACACAACAUAGAAAAUGAAAUUAAUGUCUAGAAAACACAAAUACAGGAAGAUCUGUAUCCAGAAGCAGAUGUGAGCCCACAUACAGCUCAAUGUGAUUUUAAUUACACUAAAACUGACAAAAAAAUGACGAAAACUUCAUUCCUCUUCUUGGACUUUAUUCUCUUCAACUUGAGCUAUCGGGCACUUCCUACAAACUGUAAACUGCUGUAUUUGUAGUCAAAUAAGUUAUUAACACUUUCUGUGAAGCAAUCACAGGAUAAUUGUAUCGCAGCUGUAAUCAUCAUUAUUAUUGUUAUUAUUAUUAUUGUUGUUGUUUUUGUUGUAGUAGUAGUAUGUAUGACACUUUAUACAAUAAAGUACAGACGCCUAAACUGUGAAGUUUGUCAUUCUUUAAACUUAAAAAAAAAAAAAAAAACUGUCCAUGAACACGAAGCGUAAAUGAAUGAGGAAGGUAAACAGAAUCAAAGGAAGAAACCUUUGGACAAAAGCUUAAAAAAAAACUGCAAAUGAGUAAAACGAGAAGAAAAUAAUGUUAAAAAUCAUUCAUAAAUAAAUGUAUAAGUGUGACAAACGAGCACACUCAGUGUGAAAACCAUUUGAACCGUUUUUAGGGAAACAAAAAUAAAUGCAAGAAAUCUGUGAACGAAAAAGUGGAAAAAAGAACUACAAAAUGAGUGAAACGAGAAGAAAAAAACUACAAACCCCUGUUUAUGUUCGUGGUAUGAGCCCACAAACAGCCCAGUGUGUCUAAAACAAUGUUGAAAAUCAUUCCUAAAAUAAUUAUAAUUAAUGGCAAGACGAGCAAACUCAGCGUGAAAACCGUGUGAUAUCUUUCAAAAAGGAAACUAAAAUGAAAAUCAGUUUCAAAAUGAACGGUUUAAGAAAAAAAGUAAAAAGAAAAAAACAAGAAAAGUAAGAAAAAUGAAAAAAAAAAAGUUAAAUAAGUGUAUUUAAGCGACUUAAAAAAAUAAGGAGAAUAUAUGAAAAGAGCAGCUGAGACUGAACCAAAAGCUUUCCGCAGUCUGUCCGUGAAAGAGUCGACCUCGGAGUUGAUGUUAAUCUACCACGGCCAGAUGAUCCCCCACGACGAGGGAGGGGGUUGAUCCAGCACAGGCAGUCGAUCAGCAAGUUAAGAGUAUGGGCACGCAGACGACUACGGUUACCGCGGGGUUAAUCCCCCACAGCGAGUUGAUCAGCCACGGUGAACGCGGUGCUCGCCACGGCGAAGACGUUGUCCGCCACGGCGAAGGCGGCGUCCACCACCGUGAGAUGAUCCGCGACGGCCACCGCGGCGGUGUCGCCAUCGCGACCGCGGCGGUGUCAGCCAUCGCGACCGCGGCAGUGUCAGCCACAGCGAGUUGAUCUGCCACGGCGAGGGAGGGGGUUGAUCCAGCACAGGCACGGCGAGUCGAUCAGCAAGUUAAGAGUAUGGGCCCGCAGACGACUAAGGCGACGGCGGUGUCCGCCGCGGGGACGGCGGGGUUAAUCCCCCACAGCGAGUUGAUCAGCCACGGUGAACGCGGUGUUCGCCACGGCGAGGGCGGCGUCCACCACCGUGAGAUGAUCCGCGGCGGAGUCCGCCACAGCGACCGCGACAGCGGCGGUGUCUGCCAUCGCGACCGCGGCGGUCACCGCCAUCGCGACCGCGGUGGUGUCCGCCACAGCGAGUUGAUCAGCCACGGCGAGGGAGGGGGUUCAUUCAGCACAGGCACGGCGAGUCGAUCAGCAAGUUAGAGUAUGGGCACGCAGACGACUAUGGUGACCGCGGUGUUAUUCCCCCACAGCGAGUUGAUCAGCCACGGCGAACGCAGUGUUCGCCACGGCGACCAAGUUGCCCGCCGGGGCGAGGGCGGCGUCCACCACGGCGAGAUGAUCAGCCACGGCGAGGGUGAGUCGAUCAGCAACGUUGGAGCAUGGGCCCGCAGAUGAAUGCGAUAGAGGUAUUUUCAUUAAAGCUCUGAGUUCCGCAGACAUGAUCAUCACUCUACUUCAUCUGUUUGAAAGGAACAAUGAGGCUCCUCCUCCUCUUGACUCUCAUUCGCUUCAGCGUUGCCGUCAUCACAGCUAAGGCAGGACAGAAGAGCGUCACUCUUCCAUGUCGAAUUCCAAACUACAACCUCGUAGCUGUGAACUGGAGCAGAGCUGACCUGGGAGAACAAUAUGUGCUUUUAUACCGGGACGGGCACUUUGAGCCACGCAAGCAGCAUCCAUCUUUUAAGAACCGGGUGGAUCUGCAAGACAGACAGAUGAAGGAUGGAGACGUGUCUUUGAUUCUGAAGGAUGUGACGACUAAUGACACUGGAACGUACGAGUGUCGUGUCUUCGUGGAAGAAACACGCUUGUGGAAAUCCAUCAGCAUCAUCAGCCUCAGUGUUGAUCCUCCAGGUCAGACAGGAGGAGACACAGAGGAUGGAGGGAAGGAGGAUGGAGGGAAGCUGCUUCGGAAGUUGUUGACAGUGGCAGCUAACGUGAUGAAGUUGCUGGUACUGGUGGCUAGAGGGAGACAGUUGUUUAGGGAGUUGUUGGCGCUGGUGGCUAGAGGGAGCGAGUUGUUGAUGGUGGUGGCUAAAGUGAUGGAGUUGCUGGAGGUGGUGGAUAGAGGGAUAGUGUUGCUUCGGGACUUGGUGGAGGUGGUGUUUGACCUUUUGGAGUUGGUGUUUUGAUCUACAGAAAGCUUAAACCACAGAAGUAGGGUUACAGCUAAAUCUUUUUUAUAUAUUAAUACUUUUAUAACUGAACUUCAAGAAAAACAACCAAAGAAAAUAAUAAAUUAAAACUAUUAUAUCGAUGGAAUAAAAAGGUUUCAGUGAAUAUGAGUGCGGAUGAUUGUCUGUAUAUGUUAGCUCUGCCCUGGCCUGACAACUGGGAUAGGCUCCAAAAUAAUGCUCCUCUGCACUUUGAAUGGCAAUUUCAGCUGAAGAUAAACUAAACAUUGUAUCGAUGACAAAAGAGUAUUUAUUUUAGUUAGUCAAAAACAGCUUUUGUGUUUUAAAAUUAAAAAUGUCACAGAGAAUAACUGGGCUAUAUUACUAUCACUGCCAUUUGUACAAUCUCAGAAAAUGAACAUUAAAUCACAAUAUACAGUUAUUCCACCUCAGAAAGUGUCAUUUUCUUUGGAUUUAUUCUACUGAUAUAUUUAGCCACAAAAAGGGGAAAUUGUAUCACAAACACACAACAUAGAAAAUGAAAUUAAUGUCUAGAAAACACAAAUACAGGAAGAUCUAUCCAGAAGCAGAUGUGAGCCCACAUACAGCUCAAUGUGAUUUUAAUUACACUAAAACUGACAAAAAAAUGACGAAAACUUCAUUCCUCUUCUUGGACUUUAUUCUCUUCAACUUGAGCUAUCGGGCACUUCCUACAAACUGUAAACUGCUGUAUUUGUAGUCAAAUAAGUUGUGGGAGCCAAGUUAAGAUAGUUCAUAUGUUUAGUAUUUAUAUUUCGCUGUUGUUAAGCUUGUUUGUGUAAUUAAUAAUUUAGGAAGUAAAUGCAUGUUUAUGGUGGAACUAAAAUUAUUUUAUUGCUGUGUUGGUUUGGUUACGUAGUAUCAUGAAUACAUGUGCCUUAAAGACUCGUGUUUACAGUAAAAUCUGGGCAUCACCGAUGUAUGCAAAUUAGCGCAUGCGGUGCGGGAGGGGGGAGAGAGAAAAAGAGUUAACACGGUAUAAGCUAUACACGGCAGCAGGGUAGAACAGAGCCACACGGUUUUCCUACCGUAGUAGGUUAUUUGUUGAGGAUAAGUAAAACCUGACCACUCCUGUAAGAUGCAAACUGUGGAAUAAAUUUUUUGUUACAUCUUUUCACAUCGGAGUCCCGUGGAGUUCUUUUUCCUCUUCAAACUGACGUACGCGAGUGAAGCACGGGAAAACUGGUCUCACGGCUUAUACAUUUUGUAGGAAAACCUGCUCGUUGUGGAUUAAUUCAAGCGACUAAGAAGGAAAAAACCCAAGCUGCUGCAGCGACGAGAAACGUGAGUAAGUGGAGCUAAUUCACGAGGAAAAAAGUGCUGAGUCAUUGUGGAAGCUAGAGCGGUGAGCUGUGUGGUAGCUAACCUGCAUGAUUUUUGGAUGAUAAAAUAAGGAUUUUGUCGUUGCUAUUCGGGAACUUAAUACCAUGAACGAAGAAGAAGAAGACACUGUAGCAGAAAUGGAACCUAGGGCGGUGAAAAUCACACCUAAAGCUAUGGAGGAAAGGCUGCAACGUGUUGUUAAUUUACGGAAGGCCAAGUUAGCCAAAUUAACAGGCACAGUGAAACAAGUGCGCCAGCUGAUGGAAAAUGAAGGUGAUGCCAGCCUAGCAGAAGCAACACAGUUAAUGAAGGAUUUUAAUGAGCGUUUUGGAGAGUUUUGUGAUUUGAACACAAAUGUUAAAGAGGUACUCCAGCAAAUGCCAGAGGAGGAUUUAACUAAAGACCAGGAAAAAUGGUUUGAACCUAAGGCUGAUUCCUUCAAGGCUUUUGCUGAGACAGCUUCGGCUUGGAUUGACAAGAUGGCCAUGCGCGCUGUGGAGGCUGAAAAAUGCAAUGAAGAUGUGGAUCCAUCUGACAGCAUAUCUAAUGCAUCUGUCUCAAAACGCAGUGAUAAGGCAUUUUCAGAACGUGGCUCCUGUGCAUCGUCAUCGGUGUCGUCCACAUGCAUGAAGGCAGAGGUGGAGCGAGCUACUCUAUUGAUUAAGGCAUCAUCUUUAAGACAGAAACGCUUGCUGGAGGAAAGGGAGGCUAAGCUCCAAGCUGAAAAGGAGGAGUUAGAAAUACAAACAGCUCUUGCAGCAAAUGAGGCAAAGAUCAAGAUCUUAUCGGAAUAUGAAAGUCGUGCAUCCAAGGCAUCCAGUCGCGUAUCCACUCGGGAUGGAAUGAACUCCUACGUGGCAUCGCAUAGAGUUGGAAAUUUAUUUACUUCACAGAAGUCAAAUAGUCCUUCCCCCACGCGAGAAAGACAAGCACAGAAGAAGAACAUUCUCCAAAAUGCACAGCAAACACACACUGUUACCUCCCAGCUACCACAGACACCAAGUGCUUUACAGGAUGUGGUCGAAGUGCUAACUAAGCAGCAGAAGUUAGCUACGUUGCCCCCGCAGAACAUUUCUGUGUUUAAAGGGGACCCAUUGGAGUAUCGGCUGUUCAUGCGAGCAUUUGAACAUGGUGUGGAGGAUAGAACAGAGAGCGACAAGGAUCGAUUGUACUACAUGAAACAGUACACAAGUGGGCAACCACGAGAAUUGAUACGCAGUUGUCUUCAUAUGGAACCCACACAUGGAUAUCAUACGGCUAAGAGACUGUUGGAAGAGCACUUUGGUAAUGCCUACAAGAUAUCAGUGGCAUACAUUCACAAGGCUCUUAACUGGCCAACCAUCAAGUCAGAUGAUGGAGAGGCUCUGCAUGCUUUCGGGCUCUACCUUACUGGAUGUCAUAAUGCAAUGAUGGAUGUGGAGUACAUGGAGGAGUUGGAUAACACGGCCAACAUGCGUGCUAUCGUUUCCAAGCUUCCGUACAAGCUGAGAGAAAGGUGGAGAACAUUUGCUUGUGGGGUCCUAGACAAGGAAAAACGCAGAGUCAAGUUUGCAGAUCUGGCGGAGUUUGUCAAUAAGCAGGCCAAAGAAGUUUUGCAUCCAUUGUUCGGCGAUAUAAAGGACAGCACCUUAAAGGUCCAAGUUAGAGGGCAAGUGGAUGAGAGGCUGCAAAGGAGAAGUGGAAUCAGAAAAGGAUUCACCACAGCUGCAACUAUCACCACUACACAGGACGUACCCUCUAAAGAAAGGAACAAGGUCAGCGGAAAUCAGGUGUGUGCAUUUUCCAAACCCUGUCUCUUCUGUCGUGGUGAAGAGCACACCAUGGAGCAGUGCAAGAGGAUGAGGAAGUCACUUCAUAAGGAAAAGAUUGAUUUCAUGCGAACUAAAGGACUAUGCUUCAGCUGUCUUAAGCAGGGACACAUGAGUAGUUCGUGCAAAGAAAAGGCAAGUUGUCAGGUUUGUGCACAACUGCACCCCACAGUGUUACACAUGAAGACUAAGCCCAGUGCUACAAGCAAAAGGGCAGCUCCUGAAGUGGAAUCAUUAGAAAGAGAAGACCAAACAGAGUCAAUCGUGAAUGGAUUUGUUGAAAUGGAAGCACCUGCUCACGAUGCAGAGAAAACAGAGCACAUCUUGGCAAUAGUUCCAGUCCAAGUGAAACCUAAAAGAGGACAAAAGGUGACACACACUUAUGCUUUUCUGGACCCUGGCAGUACUGCCUGCUUUUGUACUGAAGAGUUAAUGCAUGAGCUUAACUUGACUGGCAGGAAGACAAACAUUUUGCUGAAAACAAUGGGAGAAGAAAAGGUCGUCAGUAGCCACAUUGUGUCUGGGUUGGAAAUAAGCAGCUUAGACAGUGACGACUUCUUUGAGUUGCCAGAAAUGUACAGUCACAGUGACAUUCCUGCUUCUGCCGACAAUGCUCCUUCUCAAGACUACGUGAACAGGUGGACCUACCUUCAGCAGGUGUCUAUACCUAGGAUUGAAGCAAAGAUUGGACUGCUAAUCGGGGCUAAUGCGCCUAAAGCUGUCGAACCGUGGCAAGUUAUAGCCAGCAAGAAUGGUGGUCCAUAUGCUGUGAAGACAAGGCUCGGUUGGACCAUCAGUGAACCCCUCCAAGGAAGCAGUUCUCAAAGGGCAGCAUGCGGACUGAUUCAGGUUGCAGCAAACCGUAUAUCAGUUAGCAAAUUGGACGAACUCUGGGACCAGCAGUUUAAAAGUGACUUCCCUGAGUGUGAAAGAAACGAGAAGCAAGAAAUGUCAAGAGAGGAUUUGCAGUUUCUGGAGAUAGCGACAGAGUCAGCUACUAUUGUGGACGGACAUUACAGCAUCGCUCUGCCGUUGCGGAACAAGCGCAUUAAGAUGCCCAACAACCGCAAAGUGGCUGAGCAACGUGCCUUACACCUAAAGCGGAAGUUGGAGAGGAAUACUCCAUUCCACACAGAAUACUCGGCUUUCAUGAGUAACAUCAUAACCAAAGGUUACGCAGUGAAAGUGCCGGAAAAGGACCUUGGUCGUGACGAUGGAAAGGUUUGGUACCUACCGCACCACGGAGUUUACCAUCCCAAGAAACACAAGCUUCGAGUGGUCUUUGACUGUGGAGCAUCGUAUAAAGGCACCACCUUAAAUGAUCAACUGUUACAAGGACCAAAUCUGACCAGUACCCUUCUUGGGGUAAUUAUCCGAUUCAGACAAGAAGAAGUGGCCAUCAUGGCAGAUGUGGAAGCAAUGUUCCACCAAGUAAAGGUGCCUGAUGAAGAUUCUGACCUUCUUCGGUUCCUGUGGUGGACAUCUGGUGACAUUACUCAGAAAAUGGUGGAGUACAAGAUGGUGGUUCACAUUUUCGGUGCAACUUCGUCACCAAGCUGCGCCAGCUUUGCUCUGCGCAAAUGUGCUGAAGACAACCGAGAUCCAGCCAACAGCCAAGCGGUCGACACAGUGCUGCACAACUUCUAUGUGGACGACUGUUUGAAGGCUGUGAGCUCAGAAGAGGAAGCCAUACAGUUAUACCACACUCUUAGAGCUGUAUGUCAGAGGGGUGGAUUCAGACUCACAAAAUGGAUAAGCAAUAGCAGAGCAGUUCUGUCUGCUAUUCCAGAAGAAGAAAGGGCAUCAGAGGUUAAAGAUUUCGAUCUGGAUCAGGACACACUUCCCAUUGAGAGAGCGCUGGGAGUCCAGUGGUGUAUUCAAUCUGACAGCUUCAGGUUCAAGAUUGUAAUGCCGGACAGGGCACCCACUCGGAGGAACCUCUUGUCCAUUGUGAGUUCUGUCUACGACCCACUGGGUAUCUUGUCACCGGUCACGCUUCAAGCGAAGAAGAUUCUGCAAGAGCUUUGCAGGAGAAAGGUUGGCUGGGAUGUCAUCAUACCUGCGGACCUAGCUCACAGGUGGCUCAAGUGGAAGACCCAGCUCCACCAGCUAGAGAACAUAAGCGUUCCAAGAUGCUUUAAACCUGUGGGCUUUGGAGAGUCAGUAUACAAUCAGCUGCAACACUUUGCUGAUGCCAGUGAAGAGGGCUACGGUACAGUAAGCUACUUGCUACAGAGGAACAGCCGUAACGAAGUCUACUGCGCAUUCAUGUUGGGAAAGGCAAGAGUGGCCCCACUUAAGCCCAUUACAGUUCCCCGCAUGGAACUUACUGCAGCAACAAUGGCAGCACGCAUGGACAGGGUUCUGGCAUCUGAAUUGCAGCUUCCACUCCAACCAUCUGUAUUUUGGUCAGAUAGUACCACGGUACUCAAGUAUAUCAGCAAUCAAACAAGUAGAUUCCGUACCUUUGUUGCUAACCGUGUGGAUGCAAUCUUGAAAUGCUCCAGUCCAGAGCAAUGGAGGUAUAUCAGCACCUCACUGAAUCCUGCCGACUUUGCGUCAAGGGGGCUCCAAGCAGAGAGCUUCAUGCAGUCCCACACAUGGUUACAGGGGCCGGACUUUCUCACCAAACCCAUGGAAGAGUGGCCAGAAGAGGUGCACCCAGUUGAAGGCCUGACUAUAGAUGACCCAGAGGUAAAGGGUAACCUGGUGUGUGCUAGUACAAUCAAGUCAGUGAAGAAAAUCCUUAACGUUACCUUGAGGCUGCAGACACUGGAUGAAGAGAGCCUGCAUACACUUCUGUGUGAGGCAGAGGCCAUUAUUAAUAGUCGGCCAAUAACCAAAGCAUCCAGCGAUCCAAAUGAUCUGGAAGUACUCACUCCCAAUCACCUGUUGCUUCUCAGGAACAAACCAUCUCUUCCUCCCGGACUGUUCGACAGGCAAGAUCUCUACGCAAGAAGAAGAUGGAAGCAAGUGCAAUACAUGUCGGAAAUAUUCUGGAAACGAUGGGCAAGGGAAUAUUUGCCGCAACUUCAAGAGAGGCAAAGGUGGACCCGUCCAUCUCGCAACUUUUUGGUUGGAGACAUUGUGCUUAUUGUUGACGAUACAGCCCCGCGCAACUCUUGGAUUACACGGAAAGUAAUCCAUACCAUCUCGGACAAGGCAGGAAUGGUGCGGCAGGUUAGGAUCAAAACCAAAACGAGUGUACUGGACAGGCCCAUUACGAAGAUUUGCCUUCUGCAGGAAUCGGACUGACGUAAUCAACUGCAGAGACUGAAGUUUGUGUACUUUGGCUCCACAAGUUUAAUUUGGUAAUUGUGUAGUAGAGUCACAAUUAGGGGCCGGUAUGUGGGAGCCAAGUUAAGAUAGUUCAUAUGUUUAGUAUUUAUAUUUCGCUGUUGUUAAGCUUGUUUGUGUAAUUAAUAAUUUAGGAAGUAAAUGCAUGUUUAUGGUGGAACUAAAAUUAUUUUAUUGCUGUGUUGGUUUGGUUACGUAGUAUCAUGAAUACAUGUGCCUUAAAGACUCGUGUUUACAGUAAAAUCUGGGCAUCACCGAUGUAUGCAAAUUAGCGCAUGCGGUGCGGGAGGGGGGAGAGAGAAAAAGAGUUAACACGGUAUAAGCUAUACACGGCAGCAGGGUAGAACAGAGCCACACGGUUUUCCUACCGUAGUAGGUUAUUUGUUGAGGAUAAGUAAAACCUGACCACUCCUGUAAGAUGCAAACUGUGGAAUAAAUUUUUUGUUACAUCUUUUCACAUCGGAGUCCCGUGGAGUUCUUUUUCCUCUUCAAACUGACGUACGCGAGUGAAGCACGGGAAAACUGGUCUCACGGCUUAUACAUAAGUUAUUAACACUUUCUGUGAAGCAAUCACAGGAUAAUUGUAUCGCAGCUGUAAUCAUCAUUAUUAUUGUUAUUAUUAUUAUUGUUGUUGUUUUUGUUGUAGUAGUAGUAUGUAUGACACUUUAUACAAUAAAGUACAGACGCCUAAACUGUGAAGUUUGUCAUUCUUUAAACUUAAAAAAAAAAAAAAA